AUGAUUAAGAUGAUAAUUUUUAUCGUUCUUUUUUACGAGAGGCUUCUUCUUCCAUGUAUUAAGUUAAAAUAUUAGUUUAGAAUGCAAAUAUUUAGUUUUAACAGAUAUAACAUACUAAAGUGCAGUAAGUUUAUGGUCAGAUGAAACCUUAAGCGCCCCUUUAUCCUUUUGUUAAAAUGUGUUAUCUGAAAACUACAUAGGGUAAGAUUCCAGUUUAAAUCCAAUAUAUUGGAAAAGAACAUUAUCUUUACCUAAAACUAACAAGGUUUAUGUAUAUUUUGAGUUUUCUAUAUCUGGAAAUUGGAAUAAUGAUGAACUUCAGAUAUUUGCUAAUGAUCAAAAGGUUUAUUCAGAAAAAUUCACUCUCACAGAUGUCAAUCGAAAUUGCCAUCAAAAGUAUAGAUUUAGAUAAAAAAUAGAUUUCUCUAUGAAUCCUCAGCAUAUUUUGCAAUAAAUAUGAGAUUAGAUUCUUUGAAAUUUGAAAUAAAAGUCAGUAACACUAACCUCGGAAUUUACAUAAAAAAUUUGCUUUUCUUAUAGUAAUAAUAGAGAGGGAGAAAUGAAAUUCUUGGAUUUAUAGAUUAUAUUCCUUCAUGUAGUCCUAAUUAUAAAUUUUAACAAUAUUAUUGUAAAUGCUCAAAUAAUUUUGUUUAUUAAUCUAAUUCAUGCAUAGCAACAUGUGAUUAAAAUUAUUUAUAUGACUCAACUGAAAAUAUGUGUUUAUUAAAAGAUUAUUGCUCAGCUUGUGGAGGAACUCAAACAACAUUAAAUUGUAAUGUAGGAUAUUACAAAUAUCAUGAAUCUGAUAUCACUUCAUCAAAUUGUGUUAAGAGAUGUCCUAAUAAUUACUAUUAAGAUGAAACAGCCAAAACUUGUAUAGAAAUGAAAACUUAUCUGUAAACUAAUUAAAAUGGAGGAGGUAUUUAUUACUAAAUUUAUUAUUUUUAGAAAAAGUAGACCAUUAUUAUUUCUUUACAAAUGUUCCAGAAUUUAUUCACUUUUACGCUUAUAGUCAUUUUAUGGCAACUGUAGUAUCAAUUCCAGAAAAAAAUAAAGAAAGAGGCUACUUUUAUUAUGAUAAUAGAUUUUAUAUUGGUUCAUUUGAUACAUUUUAAUCUUAAAAGGUGUUGAUUACACAAAAUAUCCAGAAUUCUCAACAUAAAAUACGUUUUAGAGCAAUAGCUCAUUUUAUUGAUUUUAAUCCUACUAAAUUUGAUAUCACUAUUAAUAAUGUAAAAUAAACAGCUGCAACUUUAGCCAUUAAUAGUGUAAAUAGAUUAUAAUCAACAAAACAAGAUUAUAUAGCUUAUUUAGAUUAUACUUGGGUAAGAACAGAAUAAUACCCAUUAACAUAAAAUACAAUUCUUUUUGAAAUAGAGUAGUCCCUAUAAGCUGGAGAAUAUGUAGGUAUUUUUUAUUUAGAUGAUAUUAAUGUUUUUCAAUUUUAAUGUUAAGCAGGAUGUAACAGUUGUUUUACAUAUAAUUUAUGUACUCCAUGUCUAUUUCCAGCAAACAAAGAUCCAGCUAAUUGUUAAUGUGUAACAGGAUAUGUUAUGAAGGAUAAUUAGUGUAUAGGUAUUACAUAAAUUGAAAUUAGUUUGUCCAACAUAUUGUACUACUUGUGUAACUGCUGGAGUCUGUGUAGAUUGUUAAGUAGCAACAAAAAGAAUUAAUUCUCCAAGUUGUGAUCAAUGUCCUGUAAAUUAUUAUGUAGAUUCUGGAAAAGAUAAUUGCUAAGAUUGUUAAACGGGAUGUCAUAAAUGCACAGUUGGAACUGCUUGCGUUUAAUGUGCAAAUGGAUAUUUUAGAAAUCAAUCUAAUUAAUGUAUAACAUAAUGUCCAGAUGGCUAAUUUAAUGAUUCUAGUGAUACAAAUGAUCCUAAAUGUAGUAUUUGUGAUAGUAACUGUAAAAAAUGUCAAACAUUAUCAACAACAUGUACUGCAUGUAAUGGAUUAGCUAUUCUUGUAUCAGGACAUUGUUAUUUAUGUUCUGAAGGUUAAUAUUUGUCAGGUACUACUUGUGUACCUUGUAUAAGUGGUUGUUAAAUUUGUUCUACAAUUACUUGCACUACUUGUUAGGAUUCAUUUUAUUAUAAAUCAUCCACCAAUGAAUGUCUCUCUAGUUGUGAUCCUGGAUUUUAUGGUAAUGCAACUACUAAAACAUGUGAUUAAUGCAACUCUAGUUGUUUAACAUGUUUAGCUGGUACAAAUAAGGAUUGUGUCACAUGUCCACCAGGAAAAGUGCUGAAUCUCUAAGAUAUCAUAAAUGGAGAGUGUUAAACAAACUGUUUAGUUGGAUUUUAUAAAGUAGAUGAUGGUUGUGCAAAAUGCUGGAAAGGUUGUUCUGCAUGUAUGGACUCAACUCAAGCUUGUUUAACAUGUGCAAGUAAAUUCUAUAGAUUGAGAACUACAGGUUGGUGUUAUGAAACAUGUCCUAAUGGAUUUUAUAAUAAUUAAGUAGGCUUUGUUUGUUCUCCUUGUAAUCCUUAAUGUAAGACUUGCAAUGGAUUUUCAGAGUCUCAUUGUUUAUCAUGCAAUGCUCCUUUGGCUUAUUAUUAAAAUUAAUGUUUAGUAGAAUGUUAUGAUGGUUAUGGCAGUAUCAACAAUGUCUGUGAAUCAUGUGCAGCAAAUUGUAAGAAAUGUUUUGGUACAUUACCAAAUUAAUGUCUUGAAUGCAUGACUGGAUUUUAUACUUUAAAUAAUUAAUGUUAUGUGAAAUGUCCAAAAUCAUUUAUUGGUAUCAGACCUUAAUAUGUUUGUAAAUGCAUUUAUGACAAUUGUAUAAGUUGUACUGCUUCUUAGUUUUUUUUGGAUAAUUAAUGUUAUGCCAUAUGUCCAACUGGUUAUUUUGGAUAUAAUGGUUUAUGUAUAAAAUGUGAUGUAACUUGUGGAACUUGUUUUGGAGAAGGAUCAAAUGAAUGUUCAACUUGUAAUAGUGGAUUAAUAUUAUAUAAAAAUUCAUGCAUUGCAGAUUGUUUAGGAAAUCUUUAUCAUGAUGUUGUAAAUAAUGAAUGCAAAACUUGUCAUAUUGAAUGUAUUGCAUGUACAGGACCUAAUGAUAAUAAUUGUACAGCUUGUCCAGAAUAGAAAUUAUUAACUAUUACUGAUUAAUGUAAAGAUUAAUGUACAGAUGGAUCAUAUCCUGUUUUAAGUGAAAAAAGAUGUUAUGCAUGCCAUGCAACUUGUAAAACAUGUUUUGGUCCAUCUGAUGAAAAUUGUUUGUCUUGUAACAAUUUAUUUUAAGCUAAUAAAUGUGUUAGUGUAUGUUCUCCUGGAUUUACUAUAAAUGCUACUGGAACUGCUUGUAUUUCUGAUUUUCCACUUGUAAUAGGAACUUGUUCUUAUUAAUGCAAGACCUGUGAAUUAGCUCCAAGAUUUUGUAAAUUAUGCAAUGGAAAUCGUAGUCCUAAUCCACCUAAUUGUGAUUGUGAAGCUGGUUAUUUUGAUGAUGGAGUAAAUGCUAUUUGUCCUAAAUGUGCAAAUAAAUGUUUAACUUGUAAAGGAUUAGCAAAUCUUUGUCUCAAAUGCAAAGGUGAUAGAUUAUUACCUUAAUGUAAUUGUCCAGAUUUUUAUUAUGAUGAUGGAGAGUCAGUUAAUUGUGUUAAAUGUUAAGAUAACUGUAAAACUUGUGAUGCUAAUGGAUGUACAUCUUGUUUAGGAGAUAGAAUUAAUAAUCCUAAUUGUGUAUGUCCUAAUGGUUAUUUUGAUGCUUAUUAAACUUAUUGUUCAUAAUGUGCUAAAAAAUGUAUCACAUGUAGUGGAUCAGCAGAACUUUGUGACGUUUGUUCAGGAAUAAGAGUUAAUAAACCAAUUUGUGGAUGUCCUGAAGGUUAUUUUGAAAAUUCUGAUUAAGAAUGUUAAUAAUGUGAUUCUACUUGUAAAGAUUGUAAUUAAUAUGGAUGUUUAUCAUGUUUUGGUAAUAGAAUAGGUCCUAUUAAUGGAGAAUGUAAAUGUGAUUAAAAAGGAAUUAGUAGAUUUAGUAUAGGAUCUGUCUAUUGUACUGAUUGUUCUUUAGGAGUACCAUAUUUUGGAUUAAAUGAAGAAUUUACUGGAUUUCAUUUUGAUUUUGGUGGAUCUACUGUUUAUUUAGAAUAGGAAGGUAUUGAUAUAUGUGAAGCUUUCUUUGAAGUAGAAACUCUUUAAAAAUUAGGUACUAAUCCUACUUGUAAUUCAGAUUUCUCUAUUAUCUUUGGAGAUAAUCCGACUAUUUAAGUUGGUGAUAAUAUAAAAUUAAAAUUAGUAUUUAUGUUGACAGGAUGCAGUUAUAAAUUUAUAUAGAUUCUACCUAUGCCUCUUUUAAUUCCAUCUACAAUUGAUUUAGAUACCCAUAAACCAAGUGUUAAAUUUAAUGAUUUAAUAUCUUCAAAUAUUUGUUCAGAUUUGAAUAUUAAGUUUGAAGAAUUAUUUUAUAAUGGAAAAUAAAAGUUCAAAAUUAUUUCAUGGAAUUAAUAUAUACCAACAGCAAUUGAUCCAUUAAUUUAGAAUAUCUUAAAUGCAAAUAAUUUAAUACAUAGUGAAACUUUGACUUUUCCACCAAAAAUCUUUUAAUCGAAUAUUAGAUAUAAAUUUGGUGUAACGAUUGAAAGUUUUGCUAAAUUGUAGAAUACAAAUUAUUUUUAAUUUGAAGCAUCAUAAUAAUCUAAAAUUAAUUUUUAUCCAAUCUCAAAUACUAAUCAAUUUCAUAGAUAUGAUCAAAUUUCAAUUUAAACUUAGAUUUCAUAUUCAAAUUGUAUUGAAAAAGUUUAUCCAGCUUAAACAUUAUUUUAUGAAAUAAAAUUAAAGAGUACAAAACAACAAUUAUUAAAUGGAACUUUAACAGAGAAUUUAGAAGAUGGAUUUACAUUUGAUGUUCCUCUUAAUUUCGAUCCAUAUUAUUUUAAUUUUACUAAUCCAUAUAUUGUAAUUUUCAAUACAAAAUUAACAAGACCUGAUUAUGUAGUUAGUACUACAUAAAACUUUGAAAUUUAUAUUGUUCCAUCAAAUCCAAUUCUUACAAUAGCUGGUGGUAAUAGAAUGAUUGGAUUUACAGAAGCUCUAAUGUUAAAUACAACAAUUACAGAUAAAGAUUUGACAGAAGAGGAAGCAUCCAAGAUAACUUAUGAAUGUAUUUGGAGUUGUUAAGAUAUUGUCAAUGGAUCAGCUUGUAUUAAUAUUGAAAAUUAGACAAUAAUUUUUGAUAAGAGUUGCAAUUAAUAUUUACCUCCUCGAACAUUUGCUCCAUAUUAAGUAUUUAAUUUUGAAGUGGGCAUAGUAAAAGAAGAGGUUGUUUAUUCUACUAAAAUAUCAAUAUAAUUAAUUGAAAUGGAUUUGCCUGCUUUAACAAUAUUAGGAGUUGAUGGAUUAGAAGUUCAUAAUUAUUAUGAUGAAUUCAUUUAUAAAUUAAUAUAUCCUGGAAUCAAUCCUGAUGUUUUAAUGUAUGCUGGUGCAGUUAUUUAUGAUUAAGUUGUUCAAGCUACCUUCUAAUUUUAUUAUUUAGAAUUUAAAUUUAAAGUCUAAAAUUAUUUUACUGAUUUUUAGGAUUCAUUAGGUAAUGGUCUUAAAUUGAGACUUUCAGUUUAUGAUCCUCGUUUUAUUAUGCCUUCAUUAAAUACUUAAAUGCUAACAAUGAAUAUUCCACCACAAUUUUGUGCUUUAGAAAUAAAUUACAAUCAAGGAUUUGUUGAAUUCAUUGAAGCCCUUAAUAUUUCAGUUAUUAAUUGUACAGAUAAUAAUCUACCUCUUUAAUAUAGUGUUUGGGUAUUUCCUAAUUAAUCAAUUUAUUAAUCAGAUUUAGUUUAAUCUAAAUUUUAUAAUUAUCUCUUGCUUGAACCAUUUUAAUUAACAAAUACAUUUAAGUUAUAUUUACCAUAUUUCAAUGAUAAGUAGUAGCUUCUUGUAUUCCAAGUAUAGGAUUCUAAUGGAGGAGUUAUUAAUAUAACAUAAACAUUUGAUGUUAAAUAAUAUUUAUAGAUUGAUGAGAUUACAUUUAGAAAUUAUGAAAAAUAAAUUAUUAGUUUAGAUUAAUAAUUAAUUGGAUAUAAUUUAAUUACAGAAAGAUUAAAGACUGUGAAUAAUUCAUCAGAAUAUAAAGAAGAGUUAUUCUAUAAAUUGAUUGGUUUUGAUUAGAAUUAAACAUUUUAAAGUAAUUAAACAGAAAGUUUAUAUAGAUCUAUAUCUAAAUUAUUGAGUGUUAAUGUAACUCUAUUGAAAUAAAAUGAAUCUCUAUUACUUAAUUAGUUGAAUUAUAGGAUAAAUUUAGCUUAUGCAUAAUUGAUUACAUUUUUUAAUUUAUAAAAGUCAAAUAAAUUAACUUCAGCAUAAAAUAUUGAAAAAACAAAUUUUGUAUCUCAAUACUAUACAUUUUCAGAUAUCUUAUCAUCAUGUCUGAAUUAUAGAGUUUAAUAAAACUUAACAUCAAGUGAUAUUUAGAAUUAGCUUUAAUAAAUGUAAUCACAAUUAUAAGCAAUAAGUGUAGCUAAUGAACCACUUUAUAAGGUUUAAUCAAAUUCGGUAAAUUUGAAUUUUGGAUUUCUUACAACUAAAAUGGCAGGUGAAGUAACAGGAUCAAAGGCAAUAACAAAAAGUAGAUUAUUGGAGGAAGAGAGUGAUUAAUAGAAUAGUAAUUAAAAUAGUUCAACAGAUUUCUAUAAAUUUUCAAUGACUAGAUUUAUUGAUAAUCCAUAUUAUGCAGAUGAGAAUUUUCCAAAGAAUAGUAGUGGAUAUUAAGCAGUGGAUCCAAAAUUGAUUGCAGAGGGUUAAUCAAAUAGUACUAAAGCAAAUUCAUAAAUGAAAUUUAAAUUUCCAACAAAAAAGAAAUUAGAAAAUAAUACAUAAAUAAAAUGUAUAACUGAAGUUAAAAGUGGUGAAUGGGAUGCUGAUGUUUGCAGUACUGUAGAAAAAGAUGGAGAAACAACUUGUUAAUGUGAUUCUUUAAAUCCAACAUCUAUAAUGGAAUCUUUAAAUUUAAUAGCUGAUAAAGCUGCUAAAGUAUUUUCUUUGGAUACAUUAUUGGCUUUUGGAUCAUUUCCAUUUUAUAAAACAAUAGUCUUUUAUUUCUAUUUAGGAAUAACAGGCAUUUAUAUAUCAGUUGUUUAUUGGGGAGUUAAAGUUGAUAAUGCAAUGUUUGCUAAAAUACAUGCUGAAUAAGAAUUAGCAGAAUAGAAAUUAAAAGAAGAAAAAUUAAAAUUAGAGAAUAUUGAGAAUGAUCCAGAAAAUAAAGAUUAGGUAAAAGAAAUAACUGAAAAUAAAUAGGAAUCUCAUUCUUUUCGGUAACUUGAAGAAAUAAAGGAUAAUGAUAUACCAUAAAUGUCUAAUUUACCAAGUUUAAAAAAAAGUAUAUUUAAUAAUCCUAAAUCAUAUGAUAAAGUAAUACUUGAGAGUAAACUCUCUAUGAUUAAUUCUCCUUAAGAAUUACUUAUCAAUUAAACUCCUGAUUCAAAACUUGAUAUAAAUAUUGUAAUCAAUCCUGAUGGACCUGCAAAAAUAGGUUCUGAUCAUUUAUUGUAAAAAUAAUGUUCGAUCAAAAAUGUUGAUUAACCAUAAUCAUAAAAUGAUCUAAAAAAUAUUGAAGAUCCAGAUAAAAAAGAUAAGAAUGAAGAUACAGAUGAAUAAUAAAAGAAAGAUUAAGAGUAAUAACCAAAAGGUUUAAAAGAUUUAAUGAUUAAGAAUUCAAUAUCUAGAAUUAAAGCUUAUAUUGAAUAUCUUAAGUUUUUCCAUUAAUUAUUAUAGAUUGUUUAUAAAUCAGAUCAAAAGAAACCUCGAGGUUUAAGAGCUUCAAUAGUUUACACAAGUAUUUUAGGUAGUUUGGCUGUUUUAUUUGUAUUUAAUCAACCAAACAAUAUUAGUUUUACAGUUGCUUUAGCAUUAAUAACUGCUCCAGUUAAUAAGAUAUAUUAAAUCAUUUUAGAGAAAACUUUAUCUCAUAAAAAGAAAGUAGUAAGAACAUUUGGAGCAAUCUUCAUGAUAAUGAGUGCAGGUGUUAUUUCUUAUGUUAUGUUGGCAGGUUUGGUUAUGAUGGAUUCAGUUGAAACUGCUAAUUAAUGGAGUUAUAUCUUUGUAGGAACUUUCACUUUAGAUAAUCUAUUUUAUUGUCCAAUAUCUUUAAUUUUUUAAUAUGUAGUUCAUAUGGAAUUCAUUAAAUUACCUAUAUUCUAAAAGUUACUCGAUAAGAUAUUAGACGAAAAAGCUAAGGAAUUUUUAUAUGGUUUAAUUGACAACUUAGGAGGAGAAGAAUGAUUCAUUAC